AAGUAUGUAUAACAGAGAUGGAUAUAGUAAAAGUCGCCUUUAGUAGGUAAACAUGUUAUCCUACCAACGGAUCAACAAAAUAUUUGCAUACGCUACAUGGUAUUAAGACGUAUUCUCAAAUUGUAAGUUUCGGUUGCAACAACACAAAUUCACGUGAUAGGUCUUCUUUAUAACAAGGAUAACUACACUAUUUCAUUGACAUCCAUCGAAAAAGCAUGGAAUUUUCAAAACAUUAUAAUUAUAUUCAGUAUCUUUACGAUACGACCUAAACAUGGUUUUCUUAAGAAAUCACAGUCAUGUUAUCAGUUGAACUCUUCCGACGAAGUCAAGUAAAGAUGGCGGACGUUACAAAACAACUUGUGACAGUGAUGCUUUUGGUGUUAACCUUCAUCUACUCAGGCUUUGCUCAAGAUGUGUUCUUUCCCGAGCAAGUUGGAGGGAAUAGGAUGAGAGCUUAUAUUAGACAAAAAGAUUUAACAAGAACAGGUGUUUCAGCAGACUUAAUAGGAGCAGGCAGCUCUGUAGAUAUAAGUAGAACAGACAAUUCUGCAAGUAUGAGGAGAACAAAUCAUUACACAGAUACAAGAAUAGUCAGUUCUACGGAUAUAAUAGGAACAAAUGAUUAUAGAGAAACAGACAGUUCUACUGAAGCUCCAAUAGUUGUCGACAGAACCAUAAUCGACACGAAAUGCAACAAUGGGGUGAAGAUAAGAAAUAAAUGCAGACAAGUGGUUGAUUUUAAUAACUAGUGUUACUGAAACUAUGUAUAGUAUUUGUAUGGAUUGUUUAUAUUACAAAAAUUCUUUCAGGUACUCCGAAUUUGUAUACAUACCUUUCUGUUUAUUAUCUAGCGAAUUUUCGUAAACAAUUCUCAGUAAGACCAUAGAAGCAUGCAAACAUUCAUACUGUAUUAAAUGUUUACAUGCGAUUCCAUCGUACUGAUCUACUCGUCCCAUAGAUAUUAGCCUAAAUAUUUUGUUUAUUACGUUUUUAGCCAAACAUCCGUAAUGCUGAUUUGAAUAGAACACACAAUAUGUAUUGGCACAUUUUAUUUAUUAUUCUUCCUUCAGGAUAUUUUAAAAUUUUUACAACUUAUGCACAGGUUUAAUUAAAUGUUUCUGCUUUACGUCGUUUUAAUCUAUAGGAUUUACAUACAUUGUAAAAUUAAAUUUUCUACCAUUCCAUUUUCCAAUGAAAUUUAAAUCUCUAAUUAUAUACAUAUAGUACAAUGCAACCUUAUCACUUAGAAGCAUCCUGAUCUCAUUGUCCCAUUCGCAUGUGAAUUAGUCAUAUUCCUUUGUAUUGAAGUUGUCCUAAAAUCAAUAUAUCCUAGA